AUGUAUAUUUUCACUGACUUCAUCGAAGAUUUCAUGGAAGUCUUCAUGGAUGAUUUCUCUGUAUAUGAAUCCUCUUUCGACAAAUGCUUGGAAAACUUAAGGAAAGUUUUGCAGCGUUGUGAAGACAAGCAUCUUUUCCUGAACCGGAAAAAAUGUCACUUCAUGGUCCGCGAAGGAAUUGUGCUUGGACAUAAAAUAUCUGGGAAAGGUUUUGAAGUUGAUAAAGCAAAACUUGAAGUCAUGAUUAGCCUACAACCUCUAACUAAUGUGAAGAGAAUCCGAAGUUUCUUGGGACAUGCCGAAUUUUAUAGGCGAUUCAUAAAAGGCUUCUCUGAGAUUGCUAGACCUCUUACACGUCUGCUCUGCAAGGAAACGAACUUCGAUUUCGAUGAAGAGUGCUUGGCAGCGUUUCAUAAGAUCAAAGACGCUCUUGUUUCUGCUCCAGUUGUGCAGCCGCCCGAUUGGGAACAACCAUUCGAAAUCAUGUGUGAUGCAAGUGAUUUUGCUGUCGGAUCUGUUCUUGGUCAGCGGAAAUAA